AUGGUUAUAACGAUUAUAAUUGCGUGUUUUUGCUUGAUGACAAGUUGUAGUGCUACUGUAAGAUGUCCACCAAAUAAACAAGGUGAAGAACUUAUUUGUGCAUUUGCAUGCUGUAGAAGUUUAGAUUCCACUUUUGAGGAUUACUUCUGCUGCGGACUAGAAAGCAAAAACAUCGUAACAAAGUCUUCUGAAUUUAAAACACAAGAUGGUUCUGUAUCUUAUGUAACUUCCGUUCGGUUUGAUCAAAAAUGCAAGCUAGAUAAUGUAAAUUUUUUGAAAGAUAAUGUAAAUUUUUUGACUUCGAAUUUCAGGCUUGACUACACUUUAACGAUAAUUGCAUUAAUUGUAAGUAUAUUGAUUAGCGUUCUAUGUUCACUCUUUUGCUGCCUGCUUUGCAAUGGAUGUUGGCUUCAUCGAAGAAGAAAUCCCGAGUUUUACGAAUCUGUAGAGAACCAGUUCUACCCAUUAUGCUGUGGAUUCGGAAUUCCGACAGGUACAAUAGUAUUCAGUACACAUCCACCACAAUUUCGAGAAGAAUCAGAAAUGUACCAAGGAUCUUCAUCUACUUCAUCAUUCGGUAACCGAAGUCGUGUACGAUUCAAUGAGGAUGGAUCUCAGCGGGGAGUUCUCAAAAAAAGUUCUCAUCCUCCUUCAGAUUCUUGA